AAGUUGCGUUCAAUUGACAGUUAAUGACAGCAAUGGUCUUUGAGUGACAGAACGUUAAAAUGGCUAGUGUCGGAUUUCGGUGGUUGGAUAUUUUGGAAAAAGAAUUCGACAAAGCCUUUGUAGAUUUAGAUUUGUCAAUUGGUGAACUGGAAUCAGAGGAACCAGAUGUGGUCUUCAAUGUUAGGCAAAAAUUGUGUACUCUCAGCUCAUGUUUUGCACAAUUAACCCACAAGUCUCAAACUAUAUUUCAAAAUAGUGCAAAAAUAGAGGCGGAGCUUAUCCACAUGAGAACAGAGUUGGUGGAAUCAAAGGCGAAACGAGAAGUUCUUGAAAGAGAACUGCACAAUUUACUCCUACAAUUACACUCUCAACAACUCUCUUAUCUGCCAGACAGUAAAUCAUCUGGCAAAAAACAAGACAUGCACAUCAUACCCGACAUCAACAACAUAAAGAAAAAAUUGGAAGCUGAAAUUAAACAGAGUCCUGUGCAUUUAAAUUCCGGUAAGAAAAUUACCAAUUCUUUUUAUGUUACUUUACAAUACUGUCGUAUUACAGAAGAACUGAAACUUAAUCCCACGUCUCUGGAGAAUGCAAGCUACAAAGCGGAAAACGCACAAUUACAUCUAGAAAACACCGCUUUGCGAAACUCGAUACUGGCCCUCAGCAGUGAGGUGUACGGUGCUAAAUUGGCAGCUAAAUAUUUGGACAAGGAACUUGCCGGACGAAUACAACAGUUGCAGUUGUUAGGUCGAGAAAUGAGAGGAGACAUCAGAGAUAAACUAUGGCGUCAGUUGGAAUCCGAAAUACUACUGCAAAGACACAAAACUGUUGUGAGGGCGUGCAGGAGGAACAGCAUGAUAAACGGCAACAGCAAAAUAUGUCCCAAACCCGAAACUGAAGGUCUCGCCGAAGGAGCCGAACAACACUUCGGUGAUAUUAGAACCGUGGUGGUGAAAAGAAAACCGGGACAAGGUCUAGGUAUUAGUAUAACGGGUGGAAGGGAACACGGAGUUCCAAUCUUGAUCUCGGAGCUGGAACCCAACGGUCCAGCCGCUCUCUGUCAACAGCUCUACAUUGGCGAUGCGAUACUCUACGUAAACGAUCGCGAUCUUCGGCAAGCGUGCCACCGCGAAGCUGUUGGUAUUCUCCAGCAACAGACUGGUGAUUGUGUGUUGCAAGUACAGUACAUUGCAGCCGAUGACAGUGACAACUCUUUGGAAGAAGACGGAUAUAACUUUAGAUUCUUUGAUGAUGAAGUCGGCGAUGUUGACAAUUCGCUAGCUAAUCCUCGUGAUAAUCCCGAGGAAAUUUUAAACACUCCGACUGCUCCGAGGACUCCAGAAUCGACAACGGCAAGUCGUGUACAAUCACGAAGCAGUAUUCAAUCGGCAUCUGAAAUAAAAAACGCUCAAAAUCUGUUGGACAUAAAUACACCUGAAACGGAGACUUGUAAAGACAUCUACAACUACAAUUUAAACUGCACAAACGACAAUCUGACGGACAUUUUCAAAAAGCAAAUUAUAAAAGAUGAUAAAAUAUCCGACGUUCUUAAUUGUGAUAAUCUCUGUCUUAACAGAAAUUCAAUUACCGAUCAAUUAACAACUUUAAGCAACCAGAAUAUCGCAACAGAUGAGACAAACACAGUAAACGACUUGAUUCUGAUAGACAAUGCCAAAAAUAAUGUGAUAAAACUGGAGAACUUUAAAAAAGUACAAGUAUUGUGCAAUGACGACAACUUUAAUUGCUCCACAAAUUCGUUAAAUUCUGAAAAUUUAUCAUCCCCAAUGCAGACUAGCGCAGAUGUUUAUUUAGACUCCGAAGUACUUUCCACUGAUAUAGCUUCAAACGAUUCACAAUCACCUAAAAAUCAACAAUCCCAACCCAAACCUGAAGACUUCUCCUCUUUCAAGACUUCAUCAGAUUCCUUAGGAAAUUUAAAAUCCAAUAAUGACGUAUUUUUCGGAAACAUGUCGUUUAUAGAUAAACAUUCCCCAGUUGCAAAGGACAGAAAUUCUGAAGCAUAUGGAUCAAACGACUCCCUGUCAAAUCCAAAAAGUGACCAAAGUCUUUUGAAUUCCGGGGAGUCGUGCGGAAGUUCACCUGUACGCAAAACAAACCGCGACUAUCGAAAACAACGGAAACAUAAAAAGAAGUACUUCGGUGUAAAAACGUUGCAGAGUAUUUUUAACAAACACGACGGAUAUUCGGAUAUAUCCACGACUGCUUCAGAGUUCGGCGACGAACCAGAACAACUUAAACCGAGACAAAAUCAAAAAAUAGUCGAAAUAGAGGAGAAAAAGGCUGAACAACCUGAACCUGCUAAGUCAGUAGUUAAAGAAAUAUCAUCAGUAAAAUGGAACAAUUCAUCUGAGACUACGCAACAAUUCGAAGAGAACAUUCACACAUUUUUGUCUGAUAUUUUCCAAAGAAACUUUACUGCUUCGACCGCUCCUGAACCGGCCAACGUUGUCAAUUUAUCAGUAAAUAGGCCGACUGGUACAAAGAAAUAUUUCAGUCUUCACGGUCAACAUUUAAGGGUAGGUAAAGCACUACGAUUGUGUCCCAACGAGGACUACAAGGAUAUUGCAGAAAACGAACAACGGAAAGAAAAAUUAUUGGCAAGGUACGUCUAUAAUGCUAACUGUUUCAAUGCGGAUGGGGUGGGAGAUCCAGAUUUCGGGACUCCGGUAUAAAAGUUAUAUAAAUACAAGAAAUAUCGUUAUAAAAGUUUGAUGUAUGUAAAAGAUAAUAAAAAUCGACAAUGGAAUAAAAUGGAUAUUGAAAAUUAAUAUAAAUAACUAUGUUGUAUUUCUCUUAAAGAAUCAUUAUAUCCAUUAGUUUUAAAAGUGUGUACACGUUUGUUUUUAACUGAUUUUGCUUCUACACUACAUCUGUUAAAUGCUUACAGUGUACAUAGUUCUAAUUCUCUGAUACAUCAUGUGAAAUUUACUUAUUUUCUAUAUAUGUUUUAGCAAGUGAAACAAAAUUUUUCAAUGGUUCAUAUCAAUAAUUCAUCAAAUAUUAAAUUAUUUUAACAAUAUAUGAAGGAAAGUGUAGACUGUGGGAUUUAUUAAUUAAUUUUCCUAUUAAUGCAAACUAAAAUAGGGUUAAAAUGGGUACACAAAAUUAGAAGGAAGGUUGUGAUAUAUUAGUAUUUCGUUUUCGUCGCAUAGGAAAAUUAGAUAUGUAAUUACCAUACUAAUUGUAUUUGAAUUAAUUUAGAUUUCGUAGAAUGCCCACGUUAUACACGCAUAAAUCGCAAUUUUCUGCUAGAAAACAACGCAAGCCUCGUAUUUCGAUAAACUACUCUCUGUAAUAAAAUACAAUUAUAAAUGAUCAUUUAUUGGUAUUAUAGAGAAUAAUUUAUUUACGUGUUUAUCCAUUUUUAAACAGAAAAUUAGUCUGUCUAAAUUAUUAUAAAUUUAUCAAAGAAAAUAUGUCUUCCACAUUUUUCUUUUCGAUUCGUUUGCAUAUGAAAAAUGCAGUAUUUGGAAAUAAAAUUAAAUCAUCUUAUACCAAUUUGCUUAAUUUGCUGAAACGUUACGAUUGUUUUAAAAUUGGAUAAACACUCAUUUGUACAAACAUUGAACUACUUAGGGCACAGUUUACUAUUAAAUAAAUACUACGUUACAGUAUUUCUGUUUGAAUUUAAGGCUUUUUCAAGACACAAAGAAAUAUGUGUCUUUAAAAUGCUUAGUUUAGGUUAUUCUAUUUGUUAAAUAUACAAUUGCAAAAAAAAUAUUUUUCUAGUCUUUGUUUUAGCAAGAUUCUCAAUUUCAUAUUGUAGGCGACAUAGAUUUUUGUAUGGAAAAUUAGACAUGAUUUAGAAAAUUCCUUAUUCAUUAGGUAAUUUACGAACAUUAUCAGUGUGUAUUAAAGAAAAUAUGUGUGAAUGAAUUUAAAAUUACAGAAAUGAAUUUAUUUUUAUUAUUUACUAUUAUUAUAUGGUAAUUUGCUAUAUAAAAGGACCUUACUCAUAGCUUUGUUACACACAAGGUGACGUACAAUAAAUUUAUUUGUAUGUCGUUUCUUAAACCAAAAAAAAGUUGGGUAGUCCUAAAUUCGAACUACAUAUAAUGCUUCUUCAUAAUAUUUUCUGUUGCAAAUUGUAACUUAAAAAUUACAUUUGUUAGAUUUAAAAUUCGUAAAAACUGCAUGGUUUAAAGUAUGCAUUGCUCAAACAUACUCAAUCAAGUAUUACUUAUAACCCCACGAUUUUCUUCGCUGCUCUUAUAUAUAUGUUCCUGACAAUAAUUCUAUCACAUACAAUUUGUGCCUUUAAAAUCACUUUAAUUUAAUUCAAAUAUUAACUUAGAUGAUACCGCUAUAGCUUUUGUUUCCCACUGAAUUUUUGACAGGAACCAUAUGCUACGCCUAUAGGUUCAACAUUACACCCAUAAUAUUUACUUCGUUUUGGGUAUUAUUGAGCCUAUCUUAAAAUAAAUUUUUUAGACAAAUAGUUAUAGUUUCAAAUGUAAACUGUUAUUUCAACAUAUCUGUCUUCAAUAAAUUAUGCUGC